AUUUGUUAUUGUUAUUUCUCACGUAGCGUCAGUGCUUUGCUGAAGCAUUUUACUGGAAUUGUUCAUUGAAUUGUUGUAGUGGUGCUAAUGCUCUUUUAGAAAUAACUACUAUUUGUUAGUGCUUUGCUUACUUCAAUAUUAUAACAUAAACAGAAACACGCGUGUGUUCAGGUGUUACCAUGCUUCGUACAACCCGCAGCAGUAUCGUGCAAAAAUCGGAAGGCAGUAGUGGGAGUGUUUCAGUGGUUUCCAAACAAUAUUCUAAAAUUAGCUCGAGUAGUGUACAGGACACUCAAAGUAUGAUUAAAAAUAAAGUUGAUUUGCAUGAAGCUGAUUCUGCAUUGGUGGAUUCUUCAGGAUACGAACACGAUCAAAACGUGUUCAACACGCAGCUCUCGGAGCACUCGCCUCGGAUGGCGAACGGACAAGUGAAGCAGACGGAGGAACGCAGCGAAGCCAAGAAUGACCAGUCGUGGUUUCACGUGCACUCGAACUUUUUCAGAGACAAGUUUUACUGGAAUCAGUAUGAGAAGACGGAUCUCACGUACUCCAAACUGUCCCCGUAUUACAACAUGGAAAUCAGCCCGGGCGUACCUGUAAUGCCUAACUUGUCGCGCAGACCUCUGCGCUCGGGAUCUGUGUCCAUGCAGCUCAGCCCACAGCGCGGUGACUUGAGACAGGGGAGCAGCAGUCACAGCAGUCACAGCUUCACAACCCACAGCACGGAAAAUACCAGUGGAUAUGGUUUGGGUGGCUAUUCUGAUGACGAAGGGGAUGUCAUAAGGAGAAGAACUGUUGGUAUUCACAGUCAGCAAAGUGUCUCAGUUGUGACCACAGUCUACAUGUACAUAGUAUCAGUACUUUCAAGCAUAUACACCAAGAUUUCACAGAUAACCUCUACGAUACUGAAUCGGAGAAAUGUUGUCUAUGGAGAUAUCUACAGAGGCCGCCACACCCCGCAGGCUCGGAGCCAGCAGAGCACCGGCUCGCUGUGGUGGGGCCAGCGGCUCUACAGGCUGCUGUGCCGCCAGCUGCUGGCAGACUCGUGGCUGCUCUGCUGCUUCGGCUGCUCGGCCGCUCGCGUCGCCGGGGGGCGCUCGGGCCGCGCCCUGUUCGCGCUCUUCUUCCUCCUGCCGCUGGCCUUCCUCGCCGGGUGGUGGACAAUGGGUGCAUACCCUGAAUACCUUGCUUUGUCAUCCAAGCCAGCAGAACUGCUGAAGACACUUGCACAACUUGGCAACCAGCGCAGUCAUAAGGAAGAAGUUCGUUUGCCAUUAAUCAUGAGCAGUGACAACAAUGAAAAGGAAUACUCGGAUAUGGAGUGGCCCGGGCAGUCCCUGGCGGAGCAAGUGGCCGCCCUGGGGGAGCAGCUGGCGAGGCAGCACCGGGAGUUGGAGGCCGCCCUGAGGCAGCGGCUCGCCGAGCAGCACCGGGAGACGGAGGCCGCCCUGAGGGGGCAGCUGGCGGACCAGCGCCUCGCGAUGGAGGCCCAGCGGGAGCAGCUGCGGCUGGUGGAGGCGGCGGUGGGGCGGCUCGACGAGAACUGGCGCGUCUCCAGGUCCGAGGACGGCAGCUUCCGGUCGACCCUGCAGCAUCUGCAGGCCUCGCUGCAGUCCGUCGCAGGCAAGGUACAGCGGCUAGCGAGGUGCUGCAACCGGCCGCUCCUCAUCCCUGCCUCGGUCGUCCAAGGUCACGUCCUGCAGUUCCUCGAGAGGGUCUUCAGCGCCCAGGGGAAGCAGGACCACGCCGACAUACACGCGUGGAUGAGGAGCAUGUUCGUAGCCAAGGACGAGGUGGAAACUAGGCUGGCCAACGCUUCUGCUGCAAUUCAGAGCAACGUGAACGAAGAACUGGUUCAGUCUGCGAAAAUCAUCAUGGAGUCGGUUGCAGAACGAAUAAUUCAGUCAAAGCUUGAUCAGCAUCAGUCGGUAUUUGCAACGGCUGCUACCAGCAGCAAUGCUGCUGCGACAGAUGUUGGCGAGGACAGCCUUACGUAUGCCCAGGUCAAGCAGAUUGUGCAGGAAGCUCUUUCCAUUUACGAUGCUGACAAAACGGGCCUUGUGGACUAUGCGUUGGAGACAUCAGGAGGCUCCGUCCUCAGCACGCGCUGCACGGAGAAUUUCAACACACAGUUUGCAUCGCUGUACAUGUUCAACGUGCGGUGGUUCCCUUGGUUCUCUGUCGGGACCUCUCCACGCAUGGCGAUACAGCCUCACAUGAGUCCUGGAGAAUGCUGGGCGUUCGCUGGUGCGCAAGGGUUUCUCGUGAUCCAGCUGUCUCGUGAGAUAUACGUGUCCGGGUUCACUUUGGAACACAUUCCCAAGAGCCUGGUUCCCAACGGACACAUUGACUCUGCCCCUGCGAAGUUCAGUGUUUGGGGCCUGGAAAAUGAAAAAGAUGAAGACCCACUGUUGCUUGGCAGUUACAUGUACAUGCAUAACAGUUCGAGCCUACAGUACUUUAAAGUCCAGCAAGAAGAAACGAGACCAUUCCGGAUUGUGGAACUAAAAGUGUUGUCCAACCAUGGUCAUCCAAAUUACACCUGCAUUUACAGGUUUCGAGUGCAUGGUACUCCGGUGCAGAAGUAAAUUGCCAAAAACAAUUGGCCUUUGCUAGAGUUCCUAUUGUCCUAAGGAAAAAAAAAAAGAACCAACUGGUCAACAUCGUACCAAAGUUUCUCUGUGGCAGUACAAAUAAUUGUGUUCAUGACCAAGACUUGCUAGAAUGUAAGGUAUUUUAUGAUUAUUAUUUUAUAUAAGUUUGAAGAAUUAUGUGUACAAUCAUCAAUGCUAUUAAAAGUUAGUUAAUGGUAUUUGGUAGCUGCGUUACCAUUAUUGUGAGAGAGUUUUGAUUAAUUUUAUUGUUGGCAUCUGGCGUACUUGCCAAUACAGUGUUCUGGUGAGCAUUUAUGUAAAGUUUCACUUUGUUAUUUAUUUGUGAUUUUUAUUACAUUGCAUGAAACUUUUGUUAGAGAAGUUUGAAGACUGUGUAUUCAUUAUUGUGGUUCAUGAAUGAUUGUUUUUGAUGUUUUGAAUUAAACAUUUAAUUGUUUUAGUUACUUAUUUCUGUUAUUGUUUGUUUUUUUGCACAUAACAGAUAACUUUUAUUUUUAGUGUUUACAAGUUUUCAACUGUAUAUAAUUAUGAUCAUAGAUGUCUUUAAUUUUUGUAGUUGUGUAUAUACACAGAAAAAGUUAUUUGAAAUGUAGGAAAUAAGUUUAAGACAUUGGUUAACAAUGGUUUGUAUUCUUGAAAUGUUGUAUAGUACUAAAGUAGUGUUUAACCAAAAUAUUAUUUUGCCCAAAAGUAUUUUUGAUGAGCUUGCACAAAUGUAGAAAAAGUAUUUUUCCAACAAUAUUAAUUGCAUGCAAUUUUUGCUAAGUAUUUCUAAUUUCUUAAAGUUAUUUAAUUAUAGUCUUGCCUUUUUAUUUUGUUCGAAUUUAGCAACUGCUUAAGCUACAAUUAACAUGUUAACAUAAUCGUGUGUAUCCCAUAAUUUCUCUUUCAUCACAUGAGCAAGUACAAAGCUAAAUAACUCUCGUUGAGUUACAUAUUGUAUUUUUGUAAUAGUUAUAAUUGUAUAAUAUAGAUAAAUAAUUUUUCUUAUCAGUAAGUAUAUUUAUGAAAUGGUGCCUUGUGUAUGACAGAUGUUUGAUGUGCAAUAUUUAUUUUUAUUUUUUUAAAUCCAUUUAACUGCUGCUAGUCAGUCAACUCCAGAAACAAUACAGUAGUUAAUGAUUCAUCAGAAAUAAAUUUCUUGGAAAAAAUAAAGUUGAAUUUUCAGAGUUUAUCAUCACAGUGGAUCAAUGUGAAUUUCAUGUCAAAUUAUUAUUUUCAGAGGGUUUUAAAUUUGUUACGUAGUGUAAAGAAGGAAUAUUAAAAUAAGUUCCCGUAAUUGUGUCUGCAUGAAGUACCUCCACUGCUUUUUUAAAUAAUUCUGUUUUGGUGGGAAAAUAAAUUUUUCGCAAAUACUUGAAAUUACAGACCAUGAUAUUUGUAUGCCAUUUAAGUUUUAAUUUAAUUUAAAGGUGGAAUUUGAAUCAAAAAUUUCAUUUGUUUUAAUUCUUUUGUAUCAGUGUUCAAACACUGAAAAAGUAACCAAAUAGGAGCAAGGAGGUCUGGAUAUAAUUGGUGGAUUGAAACAUUUUAUGACUGUCUUAUGGGAUGGAAAAGUUUGUAGGAGAUUUGUUUUACAGUUUUGGCAAUGUGCAAAGUGUAGCGGUGAUGUGGAAAAGUAAGGAAACUAGUUAGUUGAAAAACUGUAAAACAAGAGGCAAAAAAAAUCUAUGUUUUGUGGUUUUGAUACUAGGUACUUUUUAUUCAUAACAGUAAGCAAGGUGUAUAAUGUCAUUUAUCUACAAUAUUUUCAGCAUUUUGUGUUCUAAUGAUGGCCUAAAAGAUUUCAUAAUGUAGGUAUUAAGUGUAAUUUACAUUGAGUGAGUUUACUAACUACUCCUUGUUAAUACAUUUGUUAAGAACUAAUUCUAUAAUUGUAAUCAUGCUGACUUGCUAACUAGCCCCUCGCUUUGAUUUAGCAAGUAUUGUAUAAGACUGGUACAUACAGUUUUCUUGCCACUCGUUUACCAUUGCAAUGUUUUAAUUGGCCGGUUAGGUGUCGAUAACCAGUUGAAGUACCAAUGUUUAAAAAAAUUGUAAGGCAUUCCAUUUAAAUUUAAACUACAGUACUACAAACUGCCAGAAAGUAACAUGAUCCAAAAAUUAAAACAUAACCUGACAACAAACCACUUGGAGUAAAUGAAUUUAACUCGUCCUUUGUAAGUGCUCAAGAUAGAGGGUGCAUGAGUAGAAAAUUUUCAUGUUGAGUCAUGAAAAAAUUUAUUAUUUUUUGAGUGAAGUAGUCAAGCUAACUUUUUUUUUUUUUGCAUUUUUCUUUCAAGCUCAAUUAACAUGAUAUAGUUGCCAAAAAUUACAUACUGCACAUGACAAUAGUUAUUGAAUCACUAUCAUAGUACCCAGUGGUGGUGCAUGUCUCCCCCCACCCUCAGAAGGGUAAAAUAUGCACUGGGUAAUAUGACUUCUGAAGUAAUAAACAGGUUAUGUAUUAUACUAGGUCCUGACUACGAGUGCCCCGCCCAGAAGUCAAUCCUAGGUCAGCCCUUGAUGGUACCAACUGCAGAACAGCAUUUAGAAUUACAAAAAAAGAUUUCACCUUCAAUUAAAAAUAUAAUUUUUUCAUGUAAUUUUGCUAUUAGAAUUUUCCUGACAAAAUAUCUGUAACUGUGAAGUAAAUGGUAAACUCACCUAAUGUAAUUGACAAGUUAGAUGUGUGGAGCCUGUACACUUGGAUGGAUAAGUUAAAAAAAUAAUAAUAAUUCCAUUGCUAUUCUGGCAAUCUUGGUGCUGUCCAGUUUCUAAUGCAUUGAAUACAUUUGUAGCAAAUUGUGUGUGCUGUAAUUUUUUUUUGUUUUAAUGUUAACUUGUUUUAAAUUUAAAAAUUUUUUAGAGAUGGGACGAAACUCGAGCUGAGUUGAGCAAGUAGCUAAAGCUCGACUCGACUCAAAAGUGGAAUUCAAUUUACUUAACAGUUUGAGACUUUCCAACCUUUUUCUUUCUCUGUAUAUAUUUGACAUGGGCAAGAAACACUUCAUAGUGUAAUAUCCUUAAUUUGCACUACAAGUUUUCUUGAACAACAAUUAAUUUUACUUCUCGAAAAAUGUUUCCUCCUCAUUUACAUUUUAGGACACUGGAAAAUAUGUUAUUUUGGAAUUGGUCUGGUGUAUGUCAUAGAUUUGUAACAUAGCAAAUAAACUACGAAAAGAAAAUAAUGUCUGGAAUUUAUGUUUUUUACCCUACUAUAGCUGCAAUCGACCGUAUUGCUGUUUGGCAUGAAAACAAAAUUCUUGCACUGCGUAUCUUCAUAUCUUUAACUGUCUAGUCAAAAUGGUGGCCGGCUUUAUUUUGGAAAGCCUAAGAUUCACACCAUUCCAUUCAGAGAUCCAAACCGUUCCAAAGUUCGCAGCUCGCUCAAGCAACUUGCACAUGUAGGAUAAAAUAGAGCUGGAAAGAUGUAAAUUAUCUUUCGUACACUUAAGUGAGAAAUUAGAGAAUUGUCAAUUUAAAAUAGUGUGGACUGUUGGUAAGUUAGGUUAGCUACAAUGAAAAUACUGAGAAAUUGUGUGAAAAUUUGGUUUGGUUAUUAAAAUACUAUAAAAAUAAUACAAUAAAGUUAGCUACAUCUUAAAUUGGUAAUUCCUAACAAACCAAUAAUUAACUUUACUGUAGUUUUAAUGCAUCUAUCGAGUUUGGCUCGAUUUUUAACGACUCCACUGAAAUAUCAAGCGUGUACUCGACUCAGCUCGACUCGCCCCAAAAAUUUACAGACUUGCCCUUCUGUACUUUUUUUUUUUAAUUUAUUCUGUGCUGUAUCUAUGGAAACAACUGGGAAAUAUUUUGAAGAAGAUGAUGUAUGCAUGUACAUGUUUGUAAUUUCAGUAAUUGUACUACUAAAAGUUUUGCAGAUUUGUUUGAUAAAUAUUCACAUGUAUGCAUGCAGUUUUGACAUUUUAACAACUACAGUGUCUGUUAAAUGAGAACAAAGUUUUGUAAUAAACUAUUCACAGGAUUAA